AUGUUUGGAACCAGAAGCCGGUGCGCCUUCGAGCGGCUCUUGACCAGAAACCAUGUGGAACGGGCUCUGAUAGACGAGGUCGGACAGCACAACUUUAUCCCUCUGGCUCUGGGAACCGUCGAGCUUUUGGGUGGAACUCCGGCGCAGCUCGAGUCCGUUUAUAGUGACGGCAAGGGUCAAUUUCCAGCGUGGAGUCUGUCGCCAGGAAGGAUCCUGAGCGUGGAUGACAUGCUGCAGCAUUUGGGCGACGCCAAAUAUCAACGCGCAUAUAUAGACUUCUUCAGCCUGCAGUAUGGGAGAUCGCAGAUGUUCCGCAGUCAGUGGCUUCAAGAGCAGCUGUUGCUCCCGCACGACAAGCCAUUGUUGUACGGGCUCUUUGGAGAGCUCGGAGGGCCUCUUCUUCACCUGAGCCACGCUGUUGAGCUAAAGUCGUCUAUCCUCCUCGUCGAGUCACUCGUCCUGGCAUCUCUGGACGGCGACGCCGCCAUCUCGGAGGUACUGUCGGACCCUGCGCUAGAGGAUACUCCGACGAGCCUGCUGGCCCCGGAAGCCAUCAUGUCGAGGCUUGCUCACGACGGCAGGUUCAGUGGGGUCAUCAAAUCAGCACCCGGCUAUGAGCAGGUAGCCCUCGUCCUAUCAAACCCGGUGGCCAGGUCUGCUGUCAUCGAGUAUGUCCGACUUCUCGGUCUGGGCGAUACACCCGAGUUACUGGGCCAGUUGGCCGACCUCUCGACAGCAUUGGUAUGCGGAAGCCACAAAAGGGGCAAGCCGGCAUUCGACCUGUACCUAAGCUCUCUGCCGAGUCUUGUGCAGGCUCUGAGGGUUCUGCUGCCGUUAUUCGAUGGCGACCAGGCGUCCAGGACGACGCUGGUCAGAGGGGUAUGGCUGCUGAUGCUGCUCAGUUACAUCACGCAGAUGCGGCCAGUUCUCGACAAGAGUCUAGUGUUCGCAACCCCCGUCAACAUCGCAGACUUGAGCUGGGGAAGGCUGUGGUCCGAGUUCUGGGGGCAGGCUGGCGGCUUGAAGGAUAAGUAUCUGGAUCCAACCUUUGUCCGCUCGCUGCGAAGCUUGCAGGAGCUCGGACAGGCGUCGCCAGACCAAGAAGCUUAUUUCCUUCUGGCCGCAUGGAAACUCAGGAAGCAGUGGCAGCAAUGGGCAGGUUGCGGCAAGCCUGGUGAGUUGUUUCUGAAUGUCCGACUGUGA